AUGUUAGCUAUUAGUUGUAGUUCAUCAUCGUCGUCAGAUGAUUCACCUGUUACAACUAGAAAGAGUGGACAUUCAGUUAGAAGAAAAUUGAUAGAUAAACAAAAGAAGAUGCUCGGUGUCGCCGCUAAAUAUAGUAAUUUGGAUGGUGCAAGUUCAGAUCGCAUACAGACUGCCGACGAUGACUUUGAUGAUGAUGACGACUUUGAUAUCAAUGGCAGAGCUGAUGCCGAAGAGGAGGAAGAGGAAUACGAGGCUUACGAUGAAGCAGGUGAUGACGAUGAUUUUGAUGACGACGAUGAGGAGUUCCUCCCGAUCUCUCCAAUGUCAUCGCCCGUCAUCACAACAUCGGCAACAACAACAGCAGCAGAGCUACUCAAGGAUACAGACGUUGGCAGCAAUGACAGUCCUGUCUCUGGCAAUGCAUCAUCACACUCGUCGAAUCACUUCCUCUCAGACUCUGAUGCAGAUUACAAUCCACUCAACAGAGAACAAGAUGACAGUGGCGAAGUACCACUCGUUAGAUUGUUCCAAAAGUUCUUGAAUAGAGAAGCACUAAAGAAUCUAAAACAAAGACAUGCACAACUCAACUCUAAGCUACUACGACUCAAGAAGGUGGUAGAUAACGUCAAACUAAAAGACAGAGGACAGCAGCUAAGAAAAGAGAAAGAGAAAAUUAAAGAGUUGAUCAAGCUAAAGAAGAAUCAAUUAAAUGAUCAAAUGAAUGCACCACCAUUUUUGAGAUUGAUGGACAAGUUUGCUUUCACACUCGGUCUGAUUGUUUUGAUGGUUUCAGAGUUUGUGUUGUUACGUGCACCAGAGUAUAUUGAGGCAUACCUCGUACCGAUUCUUCUCUACUUUUUCUGGCAGGCAUUCUACAUCAUCAAAACCGAGUAUAUCGAUGAAGUUAAACUGGCAAACGAUCAAGACAUUAUGACAUCUUCACGUUGGAUGUCAGUUAAGCAACCACACCCAAUCUACAAACUUCUCAAAUCUCGUGGAAUCAAUGUUUCACCAGUUGUAGUUUUAAUGAUUACACAACUUAUCUAUACAUUCGGCACAUUGAUUGCACUUCCAUUCUUUAUGAAUUCAUUCAUUGCACACUCAUCAUUCUUGUUUUUCAUUUUUAUCUUUGAGAAUUUGAUUGAAUCUUUCAUAACAUUGAUAAAUAUGUCUGUCCCUGUAUUCUUUGAUCUCUACGGUUUGGUAAUAAAACUUUAUAUUCUAAAUCUACUAUAA